AAGAAAAGCAAGCACAAGCUUAUAAACCACAGCAAACAAAAAUAACACACACUCGCUCCAAGCUCUCUUUUAGAUUGCUCUGAAUCAAAUAAAUUAGGGCUUUUUCAAUUGAAUCCAAAUGGACAACAUGGAUCUGAACGCUCCCCACUCCAUGGGAACAACAAUCAUCGGGGUUACUUACAACGGCGGCGUUGUGCUCGGCGCCGACUCCAGAACCAGCACCGGUAUGUAUGUGGCGAAUCGAGCUUCUGAUAAGAUCACUCAGCUCACGGAUAAUGUCUACAUUUGUCGAUCCGGAUCGGCAGCUGAUUCGCAGAUUGUGUCUGAUUACGUCAGAUAUUUUCUUCACCAGCACACGAUUCAACUCGGGCAGCCUGCAACUGUAAAAGUCGCUGCAAAUCUUGUUAGGCUAUUGUCAUAUAACAACAAGAACAUGCUGCAAACUGGUAUAAUUGUUGGUGGAUGGGACAAAUAUGAAGGAGGCAAGAUAUACGGGGUCCCGCUUGGUGGAACAAUAAUAGAGCAGCCUUUCGCCAUUGGAGGAUCUGGCUCGAGUUACUUGUAUGGAUUCUUCGAUCAAGCAUGGAAGGAAGGAAUGACCAAGGAAGAAGCUGAGCAAUUGGUUGUUAAGGCAGUUUCUCUAGCAAUUGCCCGAGAUGGCGCAAGUGGUGGUGUUGUGCGCACAGUCAUUAUAAACUCAGAUGGGGUGACAAGAAACUUUUAUCCUGGUGACACUCUCCCAUUGUGGCAUGAAGAGCUUGAGCCCCAGAACUCUUUGCUCGAUAUUCUCAACGCACCUGCUCCUGAACCAAUGAAUAUUUAAGUGGUUGUAUUUGUCUUCUGCUAUGUAGCAACACAAUCGAACUACUUUUAAUUGUUGUUGAAAAACACAAUGGAUUUGGUAAAUUAGAUUAUGUUUUACGUUUCACUGCAACAAUCUUUCAGAAUUUCAACCUGUUUUAUUUCUAGCACUUUUGUCAUAAUGUCUUUUUCAUGCCCCCCAAUUUGAAAAAUAUAACCAUAAUGUCUUGUUUUCUUC